GUUCGGACCAUCACCCAUCUCGUCUCUGCUGCGUCGCAAGCUUCAGUCGUCGACAACACACACAGACUCAUCGAUCGGCCAUGUCGGACUCGAGCGAAAAGGCGAGCAGCGAUGUCGGGGUAGGUGAAGCGCUCCAAAGCCCAUUGCCCGUGGUGAAGCGCAACCCGUUUCGCUCUACAUUCUUCAACAUCACCAUCCUAGGCGUUGCAUGUUUUCUCAGCCCAGGUCUAUGGGGGGCGACCGCAGCACUGGGAGCGGGCGGCACGCAAUCUCCUCAGCUGGUGAAUGCUAGCAACAGUGCCACCUUCUCGCUCAUGGUGGUCACUGGUCUGCUCACGCCUGCUCUUGUGCGACUGACGAGCAUCAAAACGGCUCUGAUCAUCGGUACGACUGGCUACGCUCCUUACGCAGCGACACUGUACAGCAAGAGCUACUACGGCGACAAGGCAAAUUGGUCUAUUCCUUUCGGUGCUUCUCUCUGCGGUAUAAGCGCUGGCAUCUUCUGGGCCGCUGAAGGGGCUAUUGCUUUGACGUACCCGGAGCCCAAAAAUCGUGGUCGCUACUUGUCAUACUGGCUCAGCUUCCGCGUGAUGGGUCAAUUCGUCGGCGGAGCUAUUCUUCUUGGACUGAAUGCGCAGGCGAACACGGCGGGCAGCGUAUCCAAGUCCACUUACUUGGUCCUCGUCAUCCUGCAAGCGCUGGCACCCUUUGUGGCCGCUCUCAUCAGCCCUCCAGAGAAGGUGCAGAGGUCCGAUGGCAGCCCGGUGCUGCUGCGCAUGCAUUCCAGCCUUCGCGCAGAAAUCAAGAACACUUGGAAGACAUUGACGACACCACGAGUGCUGCUCGUGCUGCCUUUCAUGUGGCAGGGCACCUUUUCGGAGUCUCUGAUUGGCACAUAUGCCGCCGAUAACUUCACGGUCAGAUCACGAGCCCUCGGCUCGCUGUUGUCCGCAGUGGUGGGCGCUCUGGGAGUCAUCGUCCUGGGCCUAUUCCUCGACUGGCGCAAGUGGUCACUGAACACGCGAUCCAAGGCCGGCUUCUUGACUAUCGCUACCAUGCAGGCCGGAUGGUGGAUUUUCGCAGUCGUCAUCAUGAACCGUUACAACAGAAUCAAACCGACCUACGACUGGGUUGAUGGACCUUGGAGCUCCGGAUUUGCCUUGUACCUGCUCCUCCAGCUUGGCUUCAAUCUGCAGUACGAGUUCAUGUACUUCAUCAUUGGUGGAUUUGGCAACGGUCACGAGCAAGUGGUGAGACUAGCCUCCAUCUUGCGGGCGACAGAGUCAGCAGGUCAAGCCGUCAGCUACGGCAUCAACAGCACAUCACUGCGAUUGGACGCCGUAGCAGGCAUAAAUUUCGCCCUGUUCGCGCUCAGUGUGGUCCCCGUAUGGUUCGUUGUGCGAAGAAUUGGCUUUGCCGCAGAUGGCGUGACGAAAUUGUACGAGCCUCCUGUGUACGCGGAGCCCGAAGAGCGCGCCCAGCUGGCUGCUCAGGGAGUCGAGGGAGCUUUGGGCCACGAUGCCUCUGGCAAGCCUGUCCCGGUCGCAGAUGAGAAUCUGCAGCGGGCGUAGAGCAGCCAGAGCGUCUUCAACCUCCGUCAGGCCCCGCUUGAAUUGAGCUCUGAUGCAAGGCAUGCGUAAUAGAGCGACCCCGCACCACCUCCUCGUCUCUUUCUGACUUCUCCUUGAAGUCAUGUCACGAAAAGCGUUUGCACUCCAUAGAUGGCGCUUGCUUGCUUGUAUAUAUUGUACGAAUGACAUCUUCGACUGC